AUUAAAGCUUUUCUUGUGUUUAUAUGAGAACAGACCGAAUGGAAGUUUAGCUUAGCUCUCUAGCGCACUUUUUUUCUUCACCGCUAAGCUAGCUAGCUACUGUUUGGUUAGCUAGCUAGCUUGGCUAGCUCUAGAGCUAAAUGCUGCUAACGAGGAUGGACCUUUUGAGCCACCAAUUUAUGGAUAAAAUGAACAACAACAUCGGGACACUUCACUACGAUUCAUAUGAUGAUGAUUCAGGGGACUCCAGGAUGCACGGCUUGUCCUCAUCGACUGGAAACAGCAGGACAGGGACUCCGAUCAGUCCCAUCAAAAGAAAGUUUGACGACGUGGAAGUUGGGAGCGGCCAUGAGUACGAAAAUGAACAAAUGGCAAAAAUGAGCUGCCUGUUUUCAUCUCAUCUGGGAAAUCCUGUGGAUGGAGACAGCAGGCAGGAACCCUGGAUUCACGUCCACAACCCCUUCGAGCACGCUCCCUCCGCCAUCAGUGGCCUUCACACCGGCCGGCUGUACCCUCCGUUCUCCAUUUACGCCAUGGAGCAGCCGCUCGCCUUGACCAAAAACAGCAUGGACGCCACCAGGUCUCCCGCGCUCCCUUCGCUUGGGACUGCAGAACGGCAGCAGAAUCGUCCAUCGGUGAUCACUUGUGCUCCUGCAAGCAACCGCACGUGCAACCUUUCCAACUGCCACAUGUCCCCGAACGGCUUCAGCUCCGGGGUGACCAGCAUGAAGAGCAAAGCGAACGCCAACGCUGCGUGUGACCCUGUGAUAGAGGAGCAUUUCCGCCGCAGCCUGGGAAACAUCUACCAGGAGCCUGAGGCAGCGUCGAACUCCGUGUCCAUCACCGGCUCGGUGGACGAUCACUUCGCCCAGGCGCUGGGUGAGACCUGGUUACAGAUCAAAGCCAAAGGAAGCGGCUCCAGGAGUCCCGAAUCCACUUCAUAAAGGCGUCAUGAGAAGAUCCAAAGAACCGCGCUCGACCGUGGUUGGUUUGUCCUGUGUUGGUCUUUCACACCAAGUCUUGUAACAGUGCGGUCAGUCUCGCUGCUCGUCGUUCAUCGAUGAUGCAUUUCAGUAGAUUUUGAAGUGGUUUGAUAUUGAUAUUGUUUACUUGUAAUUGGCUACGACGUAUUUAGGUUUUAAAAUCACAAAGGAAAAUGUUCAAAGUUCAGGCUGCACAGGAGAACUGGAGUACUCCUGCAGUGUUUCAACAACUAAUCCCAUACCUAAAUGAAUAAAAGCCACCCGCACUCUUUAAUACCAGCUUAAAUUUUACAUGGUUCACUCGGUCGAUAGCUGGAACCCUGAAACCUUAAAAGUCAUUUAAAAAUGGGACCUGCAUUUUCCCACAAUCAUGUAUGUAUUAAUAAUAGAAUCACAUGGCCGCUCAGGUGGCGCAGCGGUAAAAACACACGCUGGAACCAGAGCUGGGAUCUCGAAUACAUCGUAUCGAAUCUCAGCUCUGCCUGCCGUCUAAGGCUGAGCGGCCACAUGAACAACGAUUGGACUGUUGUUCAGAUAUGGGCGGGACUCUCUCUCUCAUGACUGGUGGCUGAUUGAUGGCGCCUGCACAGAGAUGAGAAAAGAGUGCUGUCAGGGUGCGUCUCUCCGUACACAACGCUGAGCUGCACUGCACUCGUCGAAGUGUAGGUGAUAAGACGCAUACGGCAUGCUGCCCACGUGUCGGAGGGGGCGUGGGUUAGCUUCGUUCUCCUCAAUCGGAGCGGGGAUCGGCAUUGGUGGAGAGGAAGCGUGACGCAAUGGGGCAGUUAGAAGGAAGAAAAGGGGGAGAAAAUGCAUAACUAAAAAAAAUAUAUAAAUAAAAAAUAGCAUGUACAUGUUUCCCGAUGGAACUGGACCCAUCACGACCCUGACUAGGAUGAAGUGGUUGAUGAGCACUUGGGCUGCACACAUUUAUUAAUACAUACAUGAGAACGACAGGCGUAUAGCGUGGAAUCACAGGCUGUAAACCUGCCUGAUCCAACAGAAGGGCUGCAAUUCAUCUGUAGUUUAUCUUAUUUGAUGCAUUUACACUCCCGUAAGACUAUAUUCAGGCUUAAAGCCUCACAGAGUUACAGGACUUGGUGUGAAAGGUAAAAACCAUAAAGAAAAUUCUGUAUUCGAACAACGAUGCGGCCGUGAACAAAAGUGAUUGUGUGACGUGUAGCACGAGGUGUUGGUCAGUCUGAUGAUUCCAUUGAGUUGUAUAAAGCACGGCUGCCGAAGCCACUUUCAGCCAUAACAUUAAAACCACCUGCUUGUUUCUA